AGUAGCCGUAGGCGAAAGAACGGUAAUCAAUCAUGAAGUCCUCAUUAUCGGAAGCGAGCUACAUCGUGCCAUGGAGAGCAAUUAUCUACUUUCGUCGUAUACUAAUCUCGACAACAAGCUGUAUAAAAGACCGUGGACCGUCUGUGACCCUUGAGACAGCCAAUAUGGAUACAAGUGUCUCACUCAAUACGAGCCUCGGAGCGGAUGACUUCAUCAGAAUCUGGAUGAAUGUACUCACCCCGAACGUCAUCCCAGCAAGCGAUCAUCGAAAAGACACCAACUCUUUAGCAGGGAUAGAAGGGACAAGAAGAAGACACAAUUAUUAUCUCUCUCUGUCGUUGUCUCGACUUCAUGAUGACCCUCCGGCGCUCGGCCCGCCUGACUUCGGCGCUCAAUAACAAAGUGCUGCCACCGCAACCGCCGAGUCCACCAAAGAGAUCAAGCCGGCCUCAGUCCAGCAGCAGGGUCAACAAAGCGAAAAGCCGGUCUAGAAAAGAUAUCAAUGACCUGAAAAUCAGUGCCGAACAGCUCCCUCUCGACGUAACUCUCCCAGAUACCGGAACCAUACCCGUCUCAAACGAAAAUGCGGAGUCAGAUAACAACUUUGAUCUCAUAUCUACCGACCCUCCGAGCAGACUACAUGCCACCCCUCCUCCCCUUGACCGACCUGUCGAACCGCACAGAACAAACGCAACACUCUUAACACCCCAUGGCUCCUCUCUCGUUGCCUACCCGCCCGGUUCGGAGAGUCUCUCCCCCUCCAAGACCGGUCGACCCCGUCCGACUGCUACGACCGGUACACUCCUCGAGAAAGCCGUGGCACAUCUAAUCGCUACAGACGCGCGCCUGGAGCCGCUCAUCAGGCGACAUCCGUGUCCUCUAUUUUCCCCUGAGGGACUGGCCGAGGUGAUCGACCCCUUCCGCAGUCUCGUCAGCAGUAUCAUCGGGCAACAGGUGUCAGGCGCUGCAGCCCGAUCUAUCAAGGACAAAUUCGUGGCUUUGUUCAACAGGGAAAACGACGGACAGGACCCUGCGAAGCCGCAUCGGUUCCCAACACCAGAGGAGGUCGUCCAAUGCGACCUCGCUACGCUACGCACGGCUGGACUCUCCCAGCGAAAAGCAGAAUAUAUCCACGGGCUAUCCCAGAAAUUCGCUACCGGGGAACUCAGUGCGAGGAUGCUGCUCAAUGCCAGUGACGAAGAGCUCAUGGAGAAGUUGACUGCUGUCCGAGGGCUAGGCAGAUGGUCCGUUGAGAUGUUUGCCUGCUUUGCGUUAAAGCGCAUUGAUGUCUUUUCCACUGGAGAUCUCGGCGUGCAGUAAGUUAAUCAUGGACCAUGCCGAACCUCAUCGCAGCAAUAUGCGUUCGACUACUCCUGGCAAGCGUAACCCGCUAAUGAUGAAAACAGGAGAGGCUGCGCGGCGUUCAUGGGAAAAGACGUGAGUAAGUUGAAGGCUAAAGGAGGCGGUAAGUUCAAGUACAUGGCUGAGAAAGACAUGCUGGAACUGGCCGCGAAGUUCGCCCCGUACAGGUAAGUUGGCAUUGCAAUUUCUUCACUUACUUCUGUAAGCUGGGCCAUAAGGAAUUCGUUCUCACGUUAGCAUCGCAGGAGCCUUUUCAUGUGGUACAUGUGGCGGGUAGAGGAUGUCGAUGUCACUGUAAUGAACGCUUGAGAGGCCCA